AUGGGUCGAAUGCAGCAUCUCUACCUGGUACUCGCCAUCGUAACUAUUUUGUUUAUUAUAUAUCUCUCAUCAAAUCUUCACGUCCACACUAAGAGUCGUCCCAGAGCAUUGGCUAACGAUUUAAAGCGCUUAGAGAAACUUAGGGGCUUUGCAAGAAAACUACGGCGCUUACUAGUAGAACUUUUUGAGACACAAGAGGGCUUGAUACAUUCGCAACGGCAGUUCUACCGUGUUAAACGACAUAUUCAACAUGUGAAGCAAAUGAUAAAAUUCGUGGAUGGACAAUCAGAGCAUGUAGACAAAGUUCCUGGCGAUUCCUCUUCAAAAACUCAUGUUACAAAGAGAGAGGUUUGUCCUGAGAAAUUCAUGGGAAAGGAUUCUACUUAUGGGUAUCCAUUUUAUAGGAAAGGCUUCCAGGGGGAAAAUUGCACAGACUUUGUUCCAAUCGAUGAACUUGUGACGAUGAUUUUAACGUCACCAAGGGAACUAUCACCUGAAAAGCUACAAAAAGUCUUUGAAGGCAUUGCCACAUAUUAUCCAAGUGUUCCUGUAAUAUUUGUGUCAAGAAAAACUUUACGGUUAUUAAAGAGGCUGAAAGAACCAAGUUUGAAUUUAAAGCACAUGGGAUCUGAUGACCUUACACAUGGACAAACAUGGUCUGAGUUACUCAAGAUGGUGGCCACACCCUAUGCACUCUUUGCACCAGAUAUCACUUACUUCACUGAUGAUGUUAAUCUUGAACGCCUUGUACGGGUACUGAGUGAGAACAGGGAUACCAUCCUUGUAGGGGGAAGCCAAAAGAAUCAACGGGGGGAGUGGGACAAUAGCUGUCGUCAAGUGCAAUUCAGAAAUUGGACUGCAUACUUUUCAGAUGGGUAUUACCACUCAUUUAAUGACUGUGUACAAUGUGAUGUGCUGCUUGGUCCAUUUAUGGCAAAAACCAAAGAACUCCAGGAACUUGGAAUUAAUAGAAAACUACAUUUCGGUGCCUUUCAAGAUUUAUUCUGGCGAUUAAAACUCAAACAUCCAGAGAAAGUUGUUGCCAGCUGCCCUGAUGUCAUGUUCGACACUUACGAGCGAGAAAUUCCAGAUGAAAAAUAUGUCGCCUUGGCUAAAAAAUGGGAUUUGAAGAAAUGGGUGGAGUCUAAUGGACGAGUGCGUUGGUAUGGAUGCAGGAGAGGUGGACAUGCACAUAGCGGUAAAUCUUCUUGUCGUUUUCGAGCCAAAGGACUCACUGUUCCUCCUUGUGACUUGGAGAAUCUCGCUGACAUAGUCAAGUUUAUCCUGAAUGAAUGUGAGAAAGCUGGGAUUUACUGUCAACUUAAUGCAGGAACAUUAUUAGGUGCUGUUAAGUUCAAAAAGGUGUUGCCAUGGGAGCGGGACGCUGACAUCUACUUUAUUUCAGACAACUACACAGCAAUUAAAAAUCUUCGUCCAAGAUUUGAAGCGGCAGGCUAUAAAUUUAUAGAUAAAAAAGGAACAGAAUGCUGCACAAAUGGACGCAUGAAAUCUGGCAUUUUUAAGAUCAAAGGAAACGGCUGGACUGUUGACUUGUGGGGAAGACCGACUCUUGAGGCCGAGAUACUUGUAGCUAAUGGUCAGCAGCCCACUAAAGUGAUGUUUGCUGGUCAGUGGGUCAUUGGCGCGCGCAAUCCAGCUCUUUCCUCUCGUAAUCGAUAUGGACCCAACAUGUAUCAUCAUGCAGAGCAUUGGCAAGUUAUUGGAAACGCAAAUGGGGAUGCGCUGUACAAAUCGGGUGUUUGGACCAAAUGUUCCAAGCCUGGACACAUGGGGUGUCUAGACCAGUUCCCCACUGAUGGUGAUCUUCAGUUUGGUGACUUCUUUAUGACCUAA